AUGAUUAUGGGAAAAAAUAUAUUUGUUACAGUAGGAACAACAAAAUUUCCCAAACUUCUGGACACUAUUAUUAAGAAUGAAUUACUUCGGACUUUCAUAUCGCUAGGUUAUGAUUUUAUACAAAUUCAAACAGGAAAAGAUUUUUAUAAACCUCCAGAUGCAAUUUCUCGUGAAAUUACCAAAGUAGGCGAUUCAAUGGUUUUGAAACUUGAUAAAAUCACCAUAAAAUAUGAUAGUUAUAUUGAAAAUUUUGAGGAAGAAAUACUAAAAAGUGAUUUUGUAAUUAGUCAUGCUGGUGCGGGUACUUGUUUAGAGGUACUUAAAGCAAAGAAGCCCUUGUUGGUGGUUAUUAAUGAAGAUCUAAUGGAUAACCAUCAAAUAGAAUUAGCUGAAGAACUACAAAAUAAUGGUUACUUGUACUACAGCACUUGUGAUUCAUUGAUCAAUGUCUUAGAAAAAGAUUUUUCUGCUUUGACUGUAUAUCCCAAUCCAGAUACAUUAGCAUUUUCUGAAUACUUGAAUAAAAGUAUGGGAUAUGUUUGAUAAAAUGUUUUGAGAAUAGUUUCACAUUCCAUAGUGAAGCAAUAUAAAGGAAAGAUGAUGUGUUUGUAACAAUUUUUCAUUCAACCUCAUUUUUAAAAUUUGCAAUCUUUACAUAACAUAGUGCUGUUUUAUAAACAAAUGUAUAUUAAAGAUGUCUAUAAGUAGAUGAAAA